CAAGAAAUCCUUAGGGUAUUGUGGUAGGAUGUAUUAAUAGCAAUCUUUCAGGAAAGGCCGCUAAUGGCCCGACUCGAUCCGUGGUUAGGUGAGCUCUGUAGGUAGGAAGUGGACCUCCACACAUCAUUGAGUGAUCGUCCGUCCGAACAAGCAGUUGUGUGCUCAUCGCUUCCUAUAGAAACUAAUUUGUCGAGGGUAGAUCAAGUUUAUACAGCGUACGACUGGUGGUACUGCUGCAAUACCUUUGUGAAGCUGUUUGGAAUACCUGUACUAGGUAUAUUGUGGGAUCUGCGGACUCCUUUUUGGAUUUAGGAAUAUUACAAUCUAAUCGUGGACUUUAUUAUUGGGAAGUUGUAAUUGCCUGGUAUAAAACACAGAAACUUGAAAGUUGAUUGUUGUAGUCACACACCCAAGCCACACAGCAUGGGCAACAUUCUGAAACUGCUAGGACGGGAUGAACCUCCAGAUAACCCGAGAGUGUAUAUUGAUUUUGAAGAUGCUCAACCCACAGACGAAGAGAGGGAAGUUUUUGACAGGACGGCAGACAUUCUCAAGGAGCUGGAUAGUAUUCUAGAAGAUGUACAGAAAUACAGCGGAGCAGGAGAAGAAAUAAGACAGGCCAUCACAUCGCCGCGGGACAACGACCUCCAGCAGCUCGCCUGGGGAGCAGUCUGCCCUCUGGUGGCCCGACUCAAGAAAUACUACGAGUUCUCGAUGAAGCUGGAUAAGGUCAAUCAGGAGCUCCUCAACGCUCUGUGCACCGGCACGGAAUCCCCCGUACAGCAGCUGGAACAGAGGCAAGCCCUCGCGAAGCAGUUCGCCCAAGUCCUCCACUUCACACUAAAGUUCGAUGACCUCAAGAUGACAAAUCCAUCAAUUCAGAACGACUUCAGUUACUACAGACGGACAUUAAGCAGGAUAAAGAUGGCAAAUCAGCCUGAUCCUAAUAGGGUAGCAGUGAACAAUGAGAUGGCCAAUAAGAUAUCUUUAUUCUACGCCCAUGCCACGCCUAUGCUCAAGACCAUUGUAGAUUCCACCAUCAAGUUUGUCUCAGCGAAUAAAGAGGUCUGGUGCGAGAAGACUACAGAUGUCCUCAGUACAAUGGCUCAGAUAUGCAGAGUAAUGAUCGACAACCCGGACUUUGUGGCUCGCUUCCAAGAAAGGAACACCGUUCUCUUCUGCCUGCGGGUCAUGGUGGCCCUCAUUAUCCUCUACGAUCACGUUCAUCCUGUCGGAGCGUUUGACAAGAGCGCCCCCAUCAAUGUCAAAAGCUGUGUAAAAGUACUGAAAGAUCAGGAACCAACAGAAGUUGAGCACUUACUCAAUGCGCUGAGGUACAACUCAAAGCACCUCAACGACCAGGACACACCAAAUGGAAUCAGAAAAGUGCUGCUUGUAUCAUAGGCGACACCGCUCUCCCCAGCAUCGCCUUCGACAUCGUCCUCGACAUCGUCCUCGACGGCGUCAUCGUCACGGUUUCUAUUUUGUACAAAGCCCAUUCAUUCCUUUUUAGUAUCCUCUGUAUAUAUGUCUUUUUUGGAGUGGAGAGGAGAGGGAAAAAAUGGAAAGGGAGAAGAAAAAUUGGUAUUAGAGAGUGAAAUCUCAGGAAAAAAUAUUUAAAACUUAGAACAGCAUCCAAA